AUGGGCAACGCGAGCGGUCGGGCGGAAGACCUCGCGGACGCCGACAUGGACGACGGCAAACACGUGCGCCGCGCCUCCUCCUCCUCCGCGGGCUACGUCCGCGGCGGCGGCUCGUCGUCGUCCCCGCCGACGAGCCCGCCGAGGCCGCAUUCGCCGCGGAUGUUCGUGCCCCAGAGUCCUGUAACUCCGUUGCAAAGAGCUGCAGAAGUACCUCCUCCAAUGUUCAACCAGAUAUUGAUGAAUCAACAACAGGAGGAUUCUGAUGGCCCACCUCAAAAGAAAAUUCCCACGUUGCUUACGUGGACUCUUGGGGGGAGAAAUAUCUAUGUAGAAGGAUCAUGGGACAAGUGGACGUCAAAGAAACCUGUUGAGAAAUCCGGAAAAGAUCACACCAUUCUGCUGAUGCUUUCAUCUGGAGUUCACCGUUAUAGAUUCAUUGUAGAUGGGGAAAGAAGAUUUAUACCCGAUCUUCCCUGCGAAACCGACAAUAUGGGUCAGAUUGUGAACCUAGUAGAUGUCCAUGACUUCAUUCCUGAAAGUGUGGAAAGUGUAUCUGAGCUCAUGGCUCCUCCCUCCCCGGACUCCAGCUACGGUUUCCAUGUUCCCGGCGAAAAGGAGUUCGCCAAGGAGCCUCCUCAGCUGCCGGCCCAGCUCUACCUCGGCGUGCUGAAUUCUCGGAGCUCGGAAGAAGGCUGCGCGAGGCCGAGGCACGUCGUCCUCGACCAUCUCUACAUCGAGAAGGGCUGGGGCGCACAGCCGCUGGUGGCCCUCGGCUACACCCACAGGUUCCGCUCCAAGUACGUGACCUGCGUCCUGUACAAGGCCAUCGAGCGGUAA